AGAGGCUGCGACCCUCCCUCCCACACACACACACAAAUACGGCCCAGGAUGCUGGUGAAGGUGACAUUGGUGAGCUGUCUGGUGGGCAGUGUGGUGGCUCAGGACUCUGCCCUUGGGAAGACAGCCUACUUACAGCUGAUGGCUGGAUGUCUUGGAGAGACUUCGUACAAGGAAUAUCUGGAUUCAGUGGCUGCUGCUGGAAGGGAGUGUGGAACCAGUGUGGGUGUGCAAAGCUUCUUCCCUGGGCUGGCUUCCUUAUUCCAUAGUCCCUCCUUAGCACAUUUCUCACCAGGACAGAGAAUCCCCUUCUCACAGCUUGGCUCAGUGGUUCUCCAGGGACCACCAGGAAUACUUGGAUCAUCAAGGAUCACUCCUCAGCAUCCUGGGAUACUUUCACAACAGCUAGGGGUGUUUGGUUCGCAGCCAGGAAUAUCAGGACAGCCAGGAAUAUUAUCAGGACAACUGGGAAUAUUAUCAGGACAACCAGGAAUAUUAUCGGGACAGCCAGGAAUAUUAUCAGGCCAACCAGGAAUACUAUCAGGACAACAAGGAAUAUUAGCACAACAGCCUGGAACAUUCCCACAAGAAUCUGGAAUAUUCUCCUCACUAGUAGACAGCCAGUCAAGGGUGACACCAGUGGGCAUCACGGACUCUGUGCCACCUAUCUCCUCACCUGUUGGGCCUUCCUACCCAGGCAUUCGGCAGAAACGGACAGUCAAUCUGAACCUUGCAGAUAUCAAGCAGACAAGAGAGAACAUGCGUGCCCUGGUCAACAACUUUACCUGCAUCCUCACUAAGUUGGCUGUGGUGAAUGCCAACUUGGACCUCAAUCACUCGGGCCUCAGCAACAGUGUUGUCAACCUGCCAGUUGCUAGAGAACUCAAGCAAGACCUUCUGAAUGCCAUCAACUACUGCACGGAUAUGACACAAUGUCUUCCAUUGGAGAAGCAGCAACUGCCAGUACCACAUAAACUGAAACGGGUCAUGGAGUAUGUCAAAUGUGAAAAGGAGAUGCGUCUGAAGGCUUGUCACAAACACAGCAUAAGGCAACGUAUCCAAAACAUCAGCCUGGGCCGCUUGCCUCAUGAUGGCAGCCAGUUCAAUAGUGUAGAGGAAAUAGUCACUCUUCUGGUGGAUGCACAGUCUGCGCAUGAGUUGGAGCUCAUCUAGACUUAAGUAAUGUUGUGGCAUGACCAAACCCAGACCAGUCUGACAUGAUUGGUGGUGUGAUGUAAUUGAGAACAGAACAAAAGAAACUGCUUGUUGUUUUCCAAAUGAGCUUUUACACUGUGAACAGGAAAAAUUAUAAAUAAAAAAAUAAAUGCUUCAUAUUACACAAA